AUGCACGCUACAUCCUCUAUGCUUAUUCCGCCCCUCGCGGGGAUAUCUCCGGACCAACACCCCUUUAUCCAUCAAGCUGCUCCAAAUGGUCUUUCAAAUACAGCAGGACGUGAAAGUCUAGAUUCUUCGAGUUUGGAGUCAUCUGAACCGUCCCCGAAGAGGCUCCGAACAGACAAUGGUCCUGGUUCUGCCUUUGCUUAUCCCCCGCCUUCGGUUCCCCUGGAAUAUCAACACAAACCCGUGGGAUAUCAAGCAUUCUCAGAGACAAUGGUAUCAAAUAACAUUCCUGGGAUGGAAAGCUCUUUUGGAUCUUGCAUUGGCGAAGAACUACGAAGCGUUAACGUCUCAACUACCGCUACCUCCAUCACAUCCUCUCUCGAGCCGAGAAAGUCUUCUACUCCCCCAUCUACCCCUGCCCACUCUUUACCGACACCAUCAGCUAUAUCCGGCAUCAGUGUGCUGGACAGCAACAGGGUUGAUCUAUCCAAAUGUCGGCCGCGGUCGUCCAUCCCGCCUAAGCUGACACCAUCCAAGUAUGGUCAGCAAUGUGUGGCAGCUGCCUAUGCAUCUCGGCUUGACCCAUAUGCAUUACAUGAGAAAGAGCAAGAUUUACUCCAGGAUUAUCUCUGCCAUAUGCACGUAACCGUGUAUCUGAACAUCCGCAAUGGAAUUCUACGUCUGUGGACUCGAAACCCGAUGGUCAGUGUCACCAGAGAAGAGGCUUUGGGAUGUGCUAAAGACUAUCGUUGGAUGAACCUGGCUUCUUUCGCAUACGACUGGCUGGCACGUAACGGAUACAUCAAUUUCGGUUGUGUCGAGGUCCCCAUUCCCCCGGUGCCUCCCCGGAGAGGACGCCGCAAAGAAGGGCCCGUCAUCCUCGUGGUUGGAGCCGGCGUGGGAGGGCUUGGCUGUGCCCGCCAGCUAGAGGGUCUUUUCAAACAUUAUCGCGAUUCAGACUCCGCACCACGAGUCGUCGUCAUCGAAGGACGCCCACGGAUCGGUGGACGCGUUUACUCCCACCCGCUCCACAGUCUUCAGUCUGAUGAGUUGCCACCGGGCCUUGUUCCCAAAGCGGAAAUGGGCGCUCAAAUUAUCAUCGGUUUCGAUCAUGGCAAUCCUCUGGACCAGAUUGUCCGCGGUCAGUUGGCACUUCACCACCAUCUGCUUCACGACCUUUCUACGAUUUACGACUUUGAUGGCUCCCCCGUUCCGAAUAACCAGGAUGAAAUGGUCAACAAACUUUAUGAAGACGUCUCAGAACGAGCCUUUGAUUAUCGCCACAAAAGGCUGGUAAGACAAACAGCCGAAGGCGACCGCGAGAUGGUCGACAGUGGAAGAGAAUCCACUGUAGACGAUGGUAUUACUGUACGACAAUGGGAAGAAGCUCGAGCGAAGGGCACUACCGACUCCCUGGUUCCAACCAAGCGGGUUCGCCGACGCCGAGGAGUUGGCCACAACACUGGAGACGUCGAAGCAAUCAACGCUGCAGCACCAAAAUUUGAGGGCGACACAGAAGUUCACCCAUCAGCCUUGGCAGCCCAAGCUGCGGGAUGGAGGUUGAGCGUGGGCUAUGCUGCCACGGACACUUUGGAGUUGGACGGCGUUGCGCACGCAGUGGAGGCACAGUCCCUGGGCGCCGUGAUGGAUGAGGGAGUCAAGCAAUACCGAAAUAUGCUUCCACUGACACCGCGGGAUAUGCGACUUCUGAACUGGCACUUUGCGAAUCUCGAGUAUUCUUUUGCAGCAAAUCCCAAGAAGCUCAGUCUGACCUUGGCGGAUCAGGAUUCUGGCAAUGAAUUCGAAGGACUGCACUCUAUGGUGGUUGGAGGUUACAAUCAGCUGCCCUACGGCUUAUACUCGGUGCCUGAUAAACUCGACGUUCACACCAACAAGAUCGCCACGCGGAUUGCAUAUGAUGCAGAUGGGACGGGCAAUCGCAAGGUCGUCGUUCACUGCGAGGAUGGCGAGAAAUUCGUGGGCGAUCACGUCGUGUACACUGGCUCUCUUGGCACUCUUCAGCACCGGACUGUCCAAUUUGAUCCCCCUCUUCCCGAUUGGAAGCAGGGUGCGAUCAAUCGAUUGGGCUUUGGUCUCCUGAACAAAGUUGUUCUGGUCUUCGAUGAGCCAUUCUGGGAUACCGAGCGUGAUUUCUUCGGUCUUCUCCGCACGCCUGAUAACCCUGAUAGUAUGAUUCAGGAGGAAUAUGCGGCGAACCGCGGUCGGUUCUACUUAUUUUGGAACUGUAUCCGGACAACCGGUCUGCCCGUGUUGGUUGGACUCAUGGCUGGAGAUGCGGCGCACCAGGCCGAGCAAACUUCCGAUGGUGAGAUCGUCGCAGAAGUCACCACACAGCUGCGAAAUGUUUUUAAACACACUGUGAUCCCUGAUCCUCUCGAGACUAUCGUCACUCGCUGGGCGUCAGACCCUUUCACGCGCGGCAGCUACUCCUUUGUAGCCGCGGGUGCUCAGCCUGAAGACUACGAUCUCAUGGCGCGACAGGUUGGAAAUCUCCACUUUGCUGGUGAAGCCACCUGCGGAACCCAUCCAGCGACCGUCCAUGGCGCCUAUCUCUCCGGUCUGCGCGCUGCAGCAGAAGUCAUAGAGGCUACCGUCGGCCCCAUGGAGAUUCCCAUACCCCUGGUCCCUGAUAAGCCAGUUGCCAAUGUGGUCACGCCACCAGCGGCUGAUACUGUGGCCACAGUUACAGACACGCCAAAUCGACCAGCACCGGCGACGAGCUCGCGAAGUCCUAAUUUCGCCGAUAGACAGCGCCGGGACACUUACGAGCAGGCCAUGUGGACAGCCAUAUACGCGGAACUGGGGCCGACACCCACUCCUCCAGCCAAGGCGGGACGCAACCCGUUCCUCUUGUACCAGAAGGACUUCUGGGCCAAGUGCAAGGAACAGUGCGACGAGGCUCGAAGGGUGGCGUCCAAUAAUCCGAAUUCCAAGGCCUCCCGAGAUGAAAUCCGGGCCGCGCUUGGUCUGAUGUGGCGGAAUGCUCCCCAUGAGGAGAAGCAGCCAUAUAUCGACCAGGUCGAGGUCAAUCGGAUUGCCAAUGACGAGGCAUUCGGGAAGUUCAAGGAGGUGGCUGCGGAGUGGAAUCGGCGCUCGUUCGAGGUCAAGGGCAAGUGGUGUGUGGAAAAUCCCUUUGAGGAUUGGCAUGAUCCGUCGGGCUCUACUGUGGCGAGUUAG